AAGAAAAGAAAAAAAAGUCUCAUUCCAAAUAUUAUUCUACUCUUUUAUAUACUUUUGUUCUAAAUUUGAGUACCCUUUUCAAUUUUUCUGUGGCUUUUCGUGUUUGGCAAAGGCAACCCAUCAUAGAGUUGGAAAGUUAAGUCUAUAAAUAAAAAAUUAAUCUUUUUCCUAAGCAACAAAAGAAGAACGGUGUGGUUUCUGCAAAUGGGUCUUUGUUAAAUCCCUUUCAAUCCAGAGCAACAAUGGCUUUUUUGAAUCACUAAAACCAAUCACUAUGGAUCUGGAAACUGGGGGUUUUCAUAACCAAGCUAAGAAAGGAUCAUGGAAGACUAUUCUUACUCUGGCUUUUCAGAGUCUUGGAGUUGUUUAUGGAGAUUUAAGCACUUCCCCUUUAUAUGUAUAUAAGAGUACAUUUGCUGAAGAUAUUUCUCAUUCAGAAACCAAUGAAGAGAUUUAUGGUGUGUUGUCUUUUGUGUUCUGGACUCUCACUCUUGUUCCUCUUCUCAAAUACGUGUUUAUUGUUCUUCAUGCCAACGAUAAUGGUGAAGGAGGGACAUUUGCUCUUUACUCCUUACUGUGUAGACACGCCCGAGUUAGCUCACUGCCCAAUUGCCAGGUGGCAGAUGAGGAGCUCUCUGAGUACAAGAAAGACAAUAACACACAAAAAAACUCAAGUAUUGGGUCAAGGUUGAAGUCCAUGUUGGAGAGGCACAGGGUUCUGCAGAGGCUUCUGCUUAUUCUGGCUUUGAUUGGGACUUGUAUGGUGAUUGGUGAUGGUGUCCUUACACCAGCUAUUUCAGUUUUUUCUGCUGUUUCUGGUCUUGAGCUUUCUAUGUCCAAGGAGCAUCACAAAUAUGUUGAGGUCCCAAUUGCAUGUAUCAUUCUAAUUGGCUUGUUUUCGCUUCAACAUUACGGUACUCACAGGGUUGGCUUCCUUUUUGCUCCUAUAGUUAUGACUUGGCUACUAUGCAUCAGUACCAUUGGUGUCUAUAAUAUUUUCAAAUGGAAUCGUCAUGUGUACCGAGCUCUUUCUCCGUAUUAUAUGUAUGAGUUCUUGAGGAAAACUCAAUCCGAAGGUUGGAAGUCCUUGGGUGGAAUAUUGUUGUGUAUAACAGGUUCAGAAGCCAUGUUUGCUGAUCUUGGACACUUUUCACAAUUGUCAAUUAAGAUUGCUUUCACUUCCAUUGUUUAUCCGGCUUUAGUUCUUGCAUACAUGGGUCAAGCUGCAUAUCUGUCUCAGCACCAUUUUAGCGAAAAUGGUUCCCAAAUCGGGUUUUAUGUGUCUGUACCAGAAAAUAUAAGAUGGCCAGUUCUCAUAAUAGCUGUACUUGCUGCCAUAGUAGGAAGCCAGGCCAUUAUAACUGGAACAUUUUCAAUCAUUAAACAAUGUUCUGCUUUGGGUUGCUUCCCAAGGGUUAAAAUAGUCCACACCUCAUCCAAAUUCCAUGGUCAGAUCUAUAUACCAGAGAUCAAUUGGAUAUUAAUGAUACUAUGUUUGGCUGUUACAAUUGGUUUUAGAGACACUAAGCGGUUGGGAAAUGCAUCAGGCUUGGCUGUAAUUACGGUUAUGCUGGUCACGACGUGCUUAAUGUCUCUAGUGAUUGUUUUAUGCUGGAACCGAAGUGUCUUCUUUGCAAUUGCCUUUGUAGUCUUCUUCGGUGCAAUUGAAGCUCUGUACUUCUCUGCUUCUCUUAUCAAGUUUCUUGAAGGAGCUUGGGUACCUGUUGCCCUUUCUUUCAUAUUCUUAAUCAUCAUGUAUACUUGGCACUAUGGCACUAUAAAAAAAUAUGAGUUUGAAAUACAUAACAAAGUUUCACUCAAUUGGUUACUUAGCCUUGGUCCCAGCCUAGGCAUUGUCAGAGUUCGCGGGAUUGGAAUCAUACAAACUGAGCUUGUUUCGGGAAUUCCAGCAAUCUUUUCCCACUUUGUAACCAAUGUUCCAGCCUUCCACCAAGUCCUGGUUUUCCUCUGCAUAAAAUCUGUACCUGUCCCACAUGUCAAACCCGAGGAGCGGUUUCUCGUGGGGCAAAUCGGCCCAAAAGAAUACAGGCUAUACAGGUGCAUUGUUAGAUACGGGUAUCGUGACAUUCACAAGGAUGAUGUGGAAUUCGAAAAUGAUCUCAUCUGUAGUAUAGCUGAGUUCAUUCGCGAGAACAGUACUACUAACAGCCUUUCAAACGAAUUUAUCGAAAAAGAAGAUGAGAAAAUGACAGUUGUUGGAACAAGGUCAACUGCCAAGGCGGGUGGGAUUCAAAUAAGGGAAGACAACGAAGAACAAGAAUGUACAGUUGGAACAUCAAAUCAUAGGGAGAUAACAUCACCAUCACCACCAGCUAUUCCAAGAAAAAAGAAGGUGAGGUUUGUUUUGCCGGAGAGUCCCAAGAUUGACACGAGUAUGAGGGCAGAACUCGCAGAGUUGAUGGAAGCUAAGGAAACCGGAAUAGCUUACAUAUUAGGGAACACUUACAUGAGAGCAAAUCCCGGAUCAGGUAUAACGAAGAGGAUUGCAAUCGAUUAUGGAUACGAGUUCUUGAGAAGAAACAGCAGAGGAGCCACUUAUGAUCUAAACGUGCCCCGAGCUUCCACUCUCGAGGUGGGGAUGAUCUACCAUGUUUAGUUUUGGCCUAAAAAUAAAGGAAAAAGAAGAAGAAGAAAAAAGAUAGAAACUUAUAGCACAAACUGUACAUGUUGUAAUAUUGUGCAAAAUAGUGAAAACCCACCAAAGUGUGUUGAUUUCAAGGUGGUUGAAAGAGAUUGUGCACAGGAAUUGUGGGAGUCAUUUUGGUGGUUGGUGCAGGGCUCUCUUUCUUUUUUGUGUUUAAUGGAAGAGGGAAUAUUUUCUUAACCAGCAGCCACAGACAGCCAUGUAAAAAUUUAGUAAUAUUCUAUUAAUUUCCUUAGAAAAGCUGAGUCAAACUAAUAUGUUUAUUUGUUUAUUUUAUUCAUUCAUUGUGGUUAUUGAGAUUUGAGAGUGUUCUUUCCAAUUUUUUGGAGCAUAUCAAAUUCAAUUCAACUGUGUCACCAAUGGACACAUUAGUGAAA